UCUUAAUUGGAUCGAAAUUGGAUUUUGACGGAUCCGAUCGAAUCCCAUCCAUUUACAGGCCUACUUGUCGACUACCGAACCGACUAUUGAGCGAAACCCCUUUUUCUCUCCGUUGCCUCCAACAGCGCCGGCGAUUUGCAAGUGACCAAAAAUCAGGUCUCUCUCUCUCUAUCUCUCUCUCUCUCUCAUCCGUCAAUCUCCCUUAGCAUUUUUGGUUUGUACGCUAGGCUCUGAUUUUUUACCCCCAAAUUUCAGUUUUGCUGCUUGAUGGAUGACUCCGGUUUAAAGCUGGGAUAACACAAAUGUUGUGCUCUUGUAGUGGUUGUGAUAUUACAUUUUUUUUCUUAGUUUGUUGAAGCUCUGAUUUUGUCUUUGUUCUUAUUUUGGGUAAGAAACCAGAUGCUGUAUGUAGAUAAAAAUUAACCUUGUAAAUGGGUCCAAUGGUAUGCUAUAUUCCGUGUCUUCUGAAUUCAUCUCUAACAUGUGCUCUUUUUCAUGCCAAGUUAUAAUAAUGCUAAAAUUUGGCAAGAGCUGUUCUUUCUAUUUCUCUCACAAUGGAACCCACAAAUGGCAAACUAAUAACAAAAGUCAGAUCUUCUACUGGCCUUUGUCUAUACAAUUAUGAGCAUUCAUUAGCUUUUGCUUUGGCGGUUGCUAUGUUUUCAUCUCUACAUUCCUGAUGAAAUUGUUAAAUUUUGGUUUUAUGCAAUUGGGUUUUUCUUUUUUGGGUUAAUUGUGUUAUAGUUUUAAUACAAUGUAUUAUUGACAUAAUUACCUUGUCACUGUUUGAUUUUGGUUGACCCUUUAACUUGGUUCUCUUAAUGGCGUGGCUUACAAAACGUUAGCUUUAUAUUGAAGUGAAAAUGCAGUUGGUAGGUAGUAUGUAAAUAUAUCUGCAUACAUAUCUUGUUGGAGAAAUGGAUGUAUCUGUGACUCUGGGCAUUAAGGGGGAGGACAACAACAACGACGAAAACAAUGUGGGAACAGGGUACAACAACAACAAUGUCAAGAAGGCAAGGUUGCAUUCAAUGCUGGCUGCUCUUCUUGAUGAUCCUAUCCUUGCUGACGUGCCAAAGAAGCCAGCGCUGUCAGACGUGGAUACUGUCAUCAGCUUGGAACUCGGCAGUGCCAUGCGCAUCUCCGUCCUUAAAUUGGACCACACUUCCAUUCAUGUGGCAGUGAUGAAUUCUGCAACUGUGAAGGAUUUGAAACUGGCAAUAAAGAAGAAGGUUAACGGCAUGGAGCAGUCCACGAUGGGUCAUCGUCACAUUUCUUGGAAGCAUGUCUGGGCAAACUUCUGUCUUUCCUACCAUAACGAGAAGUUGCUUGACAACUCUGCCCUGCAAGAUUAUGGCAUGCGUAACAAUUCUCAGGAUUUAUAGUGAUGGAGAAUUGUUUGUUUCUUAUGUGCAAGUUUAGAGGUGUGACAUUGGUUAUCGAGUAUAAUGAUGGAUUUAAUUUCAAGGAUUUAGUAUACAAAUUGUGUGCAAAGUGGAGUGAGUUAGUUGGUAGUUCUAUGAAUACAUCGUAUUCAAUGCCUGGAUAUUCUUCUUGUGGUCUACAAAGUGAAGAGGAUUUGGAGGUUAUGGUUGGAUUGGCACUUUCUUGUGAUAUUCAUCGUAUUGAUGUUUUUGUAAAGGGUUGUUCUUUAGGUGAAGGUUAUAUGAUUUGUGAUGGUGAAGCUAGUAGUAGCAGUAGUGUUGUUUGUGAAACUAAUUUUUUGCCUUCAUUUUAUUCAAAUCAACGGAAACCUUUACUCUUCGAUGGGUGGGUUAAUUGUAUGAAAGGAGUGGGACAAAGGUUUGCUCAAGAAGUUGUUGAAUUUCGAGAUGCGCUGUCAAAGUAUUCUAUUCAUUCUGGUUUUCAUUUUGAUUUGGUUCAGAAUGAUAAGGAUCGUGUCACUGUUCAUUGUAAGAGAAGGGCUGAUUUGGAAUGUUUAUGGAGCGUGCAUGCUAGAGUGAAAAAUUAUAGUAAAGCUUUUGUUAUUAAACAAUUUGAUGAUGUUCAUACUUGUGGAUCUUCUUUUCGUACAAUUAAACAUGCUAGAAUGACUUCAAGUUUGAUUGGUGGGCUAAUUUCAAGUGAUAUUCGUAAUAAGGCUUUGACAUCGGUUAGUGAGGUGGUUUGUCAUUUCAAGGACUAUUAUGGAACAAAAGUUUCUUAUCGGCGAGCUUGGAUGGGUGUUGAAAAAGCAAGGGGUCUUGUUUUUGGUGACUAUUCAUUAUCAUU